GCCCCGCCCCCCAGCAGAAACAUCUACUCCUGAGAUAUGAGCUGCAAUGUCCCACUUGUGUUUGACUCUUGGUACUUAAAACUGGAAAGGAAAAUACAUUAUGGCAGUUCUCCAUUCAUCAUAUUGUGUCACAAGCGGUGGCUGAGCUGAGGUUUCCUGCAUCCUAAGGAGAGUAUGUAUAAAAGGAAUGGCCUCAUGGCCAACGUGACAGUGACCUCCGCCACUCCAGAGGGCAGUAGCAGUUCUGACUCUCUGGAAGGACGGAGUUCAGAUUAUGCCCAUAAAAGCUAUGAUGCAGUUGUAUUUGAUGUAUUGAAAGUAACUCCAGAGGAGUUUGCAAGUCAGAUUACAUUGAUGGAUAUGCCAGUAUUUAAAGCUAUACAGCCAGAGGAACUAGCAAGUUGUGGAUGGAAUAAGAAAGAAAAACACAUUCUUGCCCCUAAUAUUGUUGCCUUUACAAGGAGGUUUAAUCAGGUCAGUUUCUGGGUUGUACGAGAAAUUUUAACAGCACAGACUCUAAAAAUAAGGGCAGAAAUAUUGAGCCAUUUUGUGAAAAUAGCAAAGAAACUUCUAGAAUUGAACAACCUUCAUUCCCUCAUGUCUGUGGUAUCAGCUCUGCAAAGCGCACCUAUUUUCAGGCUGACAAAAACCUGGGCACUUUUGAAUCGCAAAGACAAGACCACCUUUGAGAAGCUAGACUACUUAAUGUCUAAGGAAGAUAAUUAUAAGAGGAUGCGGGAUUACAUCAGAUGCUUAAAGAUGGUUCCCUGUAUUCCUUAUUUAGGGAUCUAUCUGUUGGAUUUAAUCUACAUUGAUUCAGCAUAUCCGGCUUCAUGCAGCAUCAUGGAGAAUGAACAAAGAUCCAAUCAAAUGAACAAUAUCCUCCGAAUAAUUGCUGAUUUGCAAGUCUCCUGUAGCUAUGAUCACCUUAUAACGCUACCCCAUGUGCAAAAAUACUUAAAGUCUGUCCGAUACAUUGAAGAGCUUCAAAAAUUUGUGGAAGACGAUAACUACAAAUUAUCCUUAAGAAUUGAACCAGGAAACAGCUCUCCACGACUGGUAUCUUCAAAAGAAGAUCUUGCAGGUCCGUCAGAGGUGUCAGCAGCUGUGAGGUUCAGCAGGAGGCCCACCUGUCCUGAUGCCUCGGUGGCAGCCAGCCUGCCAACUCCUCCUGUCCCACGACACAGGAAGAGUCACAGCCUGGGAAACAAUAUGAUGUGUCAGUUCAGUGUAGUUGAAAGUAAAAGCGCAACGUUCCCAACAGAGAAACCGCGCCACCUGCUGGAUGACAGUGUGCUAGAGUCCCACAGUCCUGUCAGAAACCACACAUUAAGCUCUGUUUUCACCAAUGGUAUUUCCAUAGGAAGCAGUGAAAGCUCAGAAUUUAGUGAGGAGCCUUCUUCAGGGCUUGAAAGGGGUCGGUUGUAUGCCACGCUGGGGCCCAACUGGCGGGUACCAAUUCGGAAUUCUCCCAGAAGUCGGAGCUGUGUCUACAGCCCAACAGGUGCCUGCAGCUGCACAUCAGGGAGUUCCAUGGGAGUUGUGACCAUGGAAGGGCCCUUAAGAAGAAAGACACUACUAAAGGAAGGCAGGAAGCCUACGCUUUCCUCAUGGACUAGAUAUUGGGUUACACUUUCAGGAUCUACUCUGAUCUACUUUGGAGCAAAGUCAUUAAGAGGCACUGAAAGAAAGCAUUAUAAAUCUACUCCAGGAAAAAAAGUUUCCGUCGUAGGCUGGAUGGUAGCACUGCCUGAUGACCCUGAACACCCUGAUAUUUUUCAGCUAAAUAACCCAGAUAAAGGCAAUGUUUACAAGUUUCAGACUGGUUCAAGGUUUCAUGCAAUACUGUGGCACAAACAUUUGGACGACGCAUGCAGAAGCACCAGGCCUCAGGUACCUGCAAACCUUAUGUCAUUCGAAUAACAUGCUCCAGUAUGUGGUGUAACUUCAAGUGCCAAACUGCAGGAUGGGAAAUUGGUUCCCGCAGGAGAAUGGAGGAAGGAGACUCCAGAGUGAGCCAGCUGUCCACAACAGCAACUUCAGCACUUUUCUACAUAACUUGAAAGUAAUUAUGACACAGCUUCUAAAAGCAGAAAGUGAAUGUUGUCCUUAGGACAGGAUCUAACCCAAUGCACUGAUGAGAGAGAUGAUUUAGACUGAUCAAAGAUAUGGCCUGCUCAGCGCAGGGCCCUUGAGUCCUUGACUUUCGCUUUGUGGUCACAGGCUGCCGUGGAUUUCUGUUCUGCCACAAACUGUGCAUCACAUCUUCUGCGGAUUCUUUUUUUCUUUUUUUUAACUGCUCUUUUUAUUGUCGAGCUGCUUUAUGUGACUGAAGAACAUUUAGCCCAUGUUGGGUUUUUCAAUUAUUUCUAAUGCACAAAACAAUUGACAGUGUUAACUUGCUACAAAGUGUCAAUUAGAAUAGGACAUUGUGGAACAACAUUUUUAUAACCUUAAGUGCACUGAGUUGCUUGGCAAUGUGGCUGCCUCAGAUUUUGUAUCAAACCUAGGGACAAAACUGAUGUUCAUACCUGAGCUAUUUGGGAAAUGUGUAUUUUGGCACAAGAUAAACCACUUGUAAUUUAGCGUUUGUUUCUUGUAAUUGGCUGUGCUGCUUUGUUUUAAUUAACUAGAGGUGCCCAGGCAAAUGAAGGGUCUGUUGCUGCUGAAAUUCAGUUGGUGUUAAGGCUCCUCCUGGGUUCCGUCACCCCAAAAGAAAUAAUUUUGCCUUAAAUUAUUUUGUUUGUUCUUCCUAUCUGUUCAAGUGUCACCUGCACCCAUAGAGUUGCUUUCAGGUCUUCCAGGUUACCGGGCAUGUGACUCAGUAGAAGAACUGAAAGAGAUUUCCGGCCUUGGUGGAGGGGGUUGCCCUCACCCCAUUUCUCCUGGGGACGGGGUUGUCACUAGGCUCAUGCUACAUCCAGCUUUUUAGUACUUUACAGUCUAAAGUACUAAACAGAAAGUACUUAACAGAAAGGCAAUGUUCAGGCUCCGUUAAGCAAGGAAAGAAUAUUCGCGUCAUCCGUCCUUUCCUGAUACCCAAACAACAGCCCCAGAGCAAGCAUUCAGCUACUGCCUGCCUGCCUGCUUGCCAGGGUGCCCACUGAACGAUGCAGCAUCUAAUAUGAGGGAAGCCCUGCGCUUGAAGAAAUGCCCCGGCAAGGGAAUGUUGCCCACUGAUCUGCCUGGAUCGUGACUACGUUGAACCAGAUAUUUAUUUUACAUGUGUUUUCUUUCAUGUUAAGCAUCUCGAUGGUUGUUGACUACAAUAUCUCUUUAACUGUCAUGCUGUAUAUCUGUGUCAUAGUCCCAAAAGUGAAACCCAACAUGAAACUAGCUCUCAAAGAGAAACUAGUUCUUGAAUCUUGCCAGCACCCUACCGAGAGAGUCAGGCAGCUUCCCUGCCAGGCACCAUUUUCACUUGGCCAGGAGCAGUUGCCAGUGAACCCAAAGGCUAACCAUGUUAGGAUGGCAAGUAAUGGAGCAUCCAUAACUCCAUUAUGGGAUAAUGAACCACAUUAUGACCCCACAUUAUGGGGUGUUCUGUUUGGUUACCACCAUCUCGUAAUGUAGUAGCAUAUGAUUCUGCACAGAAUCUUGCACACGAGAGAUGCCUACAGUUUACACAUGUGGAUUGUUCUUGAGGAUGAAGCACCUCUCCAGAUUUGCCAUCGAAAGUGAAGGAAUACAGCUUUGUGAAGUCUCUCCCUAUAUACAUGUGCUGCUGAUAUCCCAUCCACCUGCAACAUAUAGGAGGAGACGCAUCUUGCCAGCUGCAUGAUGGUAAUUUAAAGCCUGGCCGCCAAACCUCCCAGCUGAUGCUGACAAAAACCAACACCACCAUACUAGGACCGUAACCCCAUCUAGCAGUGGCCCUAGCUUUGAAAUGCUUUCAGCCACUUUGUGACAUCGUGGAGAGAGCACUAUGGUCCCUUUUACAGUUGUAUUAAAUCAAAGCAUUUUCCCUAUUAACAGCAUAUUCCUGAAUUCUAUCCUGUCUUAAGUUUUAAGGAAGCCAAAAGAAAGGAGCAUCUACCUGAGACAUGGAACAAGGACUAGGCCUUCCCAUGCUGCCAGUGACCUACUUGUCACACACAGGGAAUUAUCACAUGGCUAAUUGAAUAAGUGGUCUUGAAGGGUAUAACAGUAGUCUUCAGAUUGCUCAUUCCGUUUGGGUGGAAGAGAACAAUCUUAGCGGUAUGUUUAGACAGUUAUGUAAAGGUUAAAUACACAUUGGCUAGAGCACAGAGUUGUAGUUCCUCACAAAAAAAUGUAUUUUAAACAAAAUAAAUUUGACGUGGCUGGGAUGAAUUCCAAGACAGACUUACACAAGGAUUCAUCAGUAAUCCUGGUACUUAUGGUUAAUCUCACAACACAAGAGCCACAUCUAAAUCUUAUAACAAAUGCCCUGUGUCAGUGUCAAGUGCAAAGGCCAGACACGACUGAAGUCAAAGGAGUGGUUUGAUCAGAACAGAUGCAGCUACCACCCAUGAAGGAUGCAGAGACUAAGCAGCCUUACAAGGACGUAAGUCUCACUGAACCCAGGCUUACUUCUCAGUAAGAAUACUUAGUGUUUCGCUCUCAUACACUUUCAGAAAAAGGGCUCCUUGAAAGCAAAUCCCUAUUUUUGCUUUUCAUUUUACUUCUUGGAGAAACAAGGCAUGGCCUUUGAAAAGAAUUAUUGUGUCUCAAGAGAAAAACGCCUCCCAAAUCUCGCCAGCCCCCAUCGAUUUACAUCGGCUCUCCUCAACCAAAAAACAUUUGGACCGGAAAUCAGCAGGGGCCUUGAUAAGACAUUGCAUGAAUGAAAAGAACACUUGUUAUGGUGACACCCAAGAGGAGAAGUAUCUCCUUGUGUAAUGAAUGAAACUUGCAUGCAUCUGUGGAGGGAAGAAAAUCUCUUGGAAUUAAGCUACUUGAAAGUCCCUCUGCAAAUCUGCAUUUGGAAUGUUUUGGGUUUCUUUAAAGAACCAGUGGUACAAAUGGCUGGCCGUGAUUUUUAUUUGUUGUAUAGGUAGUAUUGCAUCUGAUGGAUAUGGAAAAUUGUACAAUAUUGUGUGAUAAUGGAGUAACAUGGUGCAGUAUUCAGCAAUACAGGCAGCUUUGCUGCACAGUGUUUUGAGAAGAUGAAAUAAACGAGUGAUAGACCAGUAUAUGGAUAUUGUUAUUAGCAUAAUUCACAUUUAAAUGGUUCUCAUCCUAUAAAAGCAUGAAGGUCUACUUAGCUACAGAUUUUUUUUAAGUGCACCUUUUACUGUGAAUCAAAUAAUAAAGCAAUGCAUAUUGGUACUUUUUAAAAUAUCAUUUUUGUCAGACCCGAGCCAGAGCCCCAAUACACACGCACACACUGCCCACCUUCUUUCAUUGGUGGCAAUAGACCCAUGUAUGCAAAGGCAAAGUCCUGUCCAUCAGCUUCCUCCUUUGAAACAAACUGGGGUGCUUGUGUGGGUGGGAUAGCUCCAUGGUGCACACCUGUAUUCUGGCACCUGGAACAUUUAAAGAACCAGGCUGCCAGUCUCUUGUGAUAGCUGCACAAAGCUCAGCCAUUUUGCGAAAGGGGUCCCAAGCGGAUUAUUUUCAGGAUGACAAUUUGGGUAGCUACAUUGAGGCAAUAUUAUUUAUUAUUAAUUUAUUAGCGUGUGCGUAAUUUAAAAGUAAACUUAGUGCCAAAAUGCAUGUUUUUCCAAUUAGCACUCAGUCGAAGCAUAGUCAAUAGUAUUCAAUUUUCAACCCUUUCAUCACAUUGUGAUGUGAACCAAUUUCUAUAUUUCAAUUUGUUUCGUGUGAGAACUGUUGCACUAAUUUAUUUUUAUUUUAAUUUUUAGCCGUAUCCCAGCAGCCCCACUGCAUGCGAUUUGUGUAAGGCCUCUUUCUAAAAAAAAUUCUUGUGAAUUGUCUCACUCAUGAUAACCACUGAAAUUUUAACCCUUGUGUGGGAGUCUUUUAGGUUUUUGGCAAAAGUAUUUUGUUACCUCAGUCUUAUAUCAGGUUGCUGUAUUUUUCAGCUUGUUACAUUGAUAAUAAUUGUUUCACUAAUUAAAAAAGUUUACUGUAAAAAAAAA